AUGGAUACUAUGCCAGCUUCGGGCCAGGGCAAAGGCUCCGGCUCCUGGGGCUCAUUUCUCAAGGCAAGUCAGACCAUCUCGGAGCCUCUGCCCAGAGCUGACACUGUACAGUCCAUUGCAUCAUUCAAUGGCGACCUCUCUUCCUUGACAGCCCCUGCUUUCAUUCUUAGCACGACCUCUUUAACCGAAUUCAGCGCCUAUUGGGCAGAGCAUCCAUCUAUCUUUGUUGCCCCAACCCAGGAGCCAGAUCCCGCCAAACGGUCCUUACUCGUGCUCAAGUGGUUUCUCUCAACCCUGAAGCAGCAAUAUUCGUCACGAAAUGACAAGCUGGGGAGCGAAAAGAAACCGCUGAAUCCAUUCUUGGGUGAGCUAUUUCUCGGCACCUGGCAGGACGAUGCUGGAGAGACACAACUUAUCUCUGAGCAAGUCAGCCAUCACCCACCAGUGACAGCAUAUUGCAUAACAAACGCAAAACAUGGUAUUCAGCUUCAAGGCUACAACGCCCAAAAGGCCUCCUUCUCGCGCACCAUCCACAUCAAACAAGUGGGCCAUGCUCUUCUCACCCUCACUCCACCCAACGCGCCAAACCAACCCGAAAUUUACCUCAUCACCCUCCCAGCCCUGCACAUCGAAUCCCUCAUAACCGGCUCACCGUACAUCGAACUCGAGAAAUACACUCACAUCGCCUCCUCCAGCGGCUACGUCUCCAAAAUAGACUACUCCGGCAGAGGCUGGCUCUCCGGCAAAAAGAACACCUUCACCGCCUGCAUGUGGAAGGAAGGUCAAGGCAACGACAAACACCCCCUCUACAGCGUCGAGGGCCAAUGGAGUGAAAAAAACUUCUCCUUCGGCAUGCACGAAGGCGACAAACCCAAGAAGGGCAAAGAGGUCGAAUCCUACCGCGCAGCGCCCACCACACCGCUCACCGUCAUGCCGAUCGAGCAACAAGAUCCCUUCGAAAGUCGCCGCGCGUGGCGCAACGUCGCCGCCUCAAUCACGAAAGGAGAUAUGGACGCGGUGUCGUUCCACAAAUCGAAGAUUGAGAACGCUCAGCGCGAGCUACGCAAGAAGGAAAAGGAGGAGAGUAGGGAUUGGGAGAGGAAAUUCUUCAAGACGCUCCGUGAGGACGACGAUGCCACGUUCGCAAAGUUGGUCAAGAUGAUCAGUGGAGCGACGGCCUGGGCGGGCGUGGAGGCGGAGAAGACGGCCGGAGUGUGGAGGUUCGAUCCCGAGAGGGCCGGGAGGGCGAGACCGCCGUAUCAUCCUGAGGUUGGCGAAAGAGGGCUGGGUGAGGGUGGGAGUGAGCCGGUCAGUCAGGUCAGUACGAAUACUUCGCAGGGUGGGAGGAAGUGA